AUGCAGAAUAUUUGCCGGCAUUAUGAAAUAUUUAUUUCAACAUCUUUCAACCUCUUGAAAGUCCAGAAGAGAUUCAAAGAAUUCUUUCUCAAAUAUUAUUAUUUCAUUUAUUUUAUUUCUAUAUUCGAUUAUUUCUUUCAUUCUCUUCUACGUUUCUCUCUUAUUUUCUUUCUCUUUUAUCUCUUAAUUUUUUCUUUCUCUUUCUUUCCGGCUUUUCUUUAUUCCCUUCCUUCUCUUCUAGUUCUCUUUCUUAUUUUCUUCCUUUUCUUCAUUUUUUUUCUUUCUCGUUUCCAUUCUUUCUCGUCGACUUUUCUCUCUCAUUACUUUCUUUCUCUUCUACGAUUCUCUCUUAUUUUCUUUCUUUCUCUUUUUCUUUUAUCUCUUAUUUCCUUCUUUCUCUCCGAUCUUUCUUUUUUUCCUUCUUUCUCUUCUAGUUUUCUCUCUCAUUUCCUUCUUUUUCUUCAUCUUUUCUCUUUUAUUUCCUUCUUUUUCUUCAUCUCUCAUUUUCUUCUUUUUCUUCAUCUUUUAUUUCCUUCUUUCUCUCUGACUUUUCUCUCUCAUUUCUUUCUUUCUACUUUUCUCUCUCAUUUCCCUUUUUCUCUUCUUUCCUUUAUUUCCUUCAAUCUUUCUUUCCUGUUUACUUAUUUUCUUAAUUUAUUCUUUCUACUUUAUUUCUCUACAUUCAUUUAUAUUCUUUCUAUAUUCUAA